CCGCUCUCAUUUCUUCUCCAACUCCAAUUUCCAUUCUACUUCGCCACUUCCUCAAACCAAAACCUCUUUGCCUACAAUAAAGAAAACCAAAUCAAAACAGCCAACCUGAUAAAACAUACCUGCACAUUUUGCAGACACAAACACAUUGAUAUCCAGAACACAACAGGAACAAGAGUUUCUUAUAAUCACAGUUGAACCAUUUUUCCGUUAAGAACUCUCAAAUUUUCUAUCCAUUUGAAAGAAAAAGUAUGCCAAGGAAAGGAAUGAGAAGUCUGUUAUUUUCUCCAAGAUCACCUAUAUCAUCAUCAUCAUCAUCAUCCUCCCCUAGGUCCAAUUUCUCCUCAACCACAUUUUCGCCGUCGAGGCCGAGUUUUGCUGAGUCGGUGAUGGACAGAACACUACAAUUAGCUGAGCCAAUGAUCUUGAAAUGGGAUCCGGAAGCCACCAAUUUCGCCAGAGUCACUUCACUUUUUUAUGAGAAUCGGCGGGAAGCAAGAGACUUCAUGAAGCAAGUGAAGAACAUACACAGAGCCAUGCAGCUUCUGGUCACGGAGAAUUCCUUUUCCCAGAAACUCAUCCGGGCACAGAGUCUCAUGCAAAUUGCCAUGAAGAGACUUCAGAAGGAGUUUUACCAAAUCCUCUCAAUGAACAGAGCCCAUUUAGACCCUGAAUCCAUUUCCACUCGAUCCUCUAGCACGUCAAUUCCUUCUAUCUAUUCUGAUUACGAAGAUAACUAUGAAGAGGACGAGGAUGACUCCGACGAGAUUUGUCUCGCCGGCGAAUCCAUUGCAGAAGUUGAGGAUGUCUCGAUUUUGGCUAUGGCGGAUUUGAAAACCAUAGCAGAGUGCAUGAUUUCUGUCGGCUAUGCCAAGGAGUGUGUUAACAUUUACAAGAUAAUUCGCAAAUCCAUAAUCGAUGAAGGAAUCUAUAAACUUGGGGUCGAACAAUUAAGCCCUUCCUUCGUUCGGAAGAUGGAUUGGGAAGCAAUGGAUGUGAGGAUUAAGAGAUGGCUUGACGCCGUGAAGAUCGCCGUCAACACCCUGUUCAAAGGGGAGCGAAUCCUUUCCGACCACGUGUUUGCCUCGUCGGAAUCCAUCAGAGAGUCGGUCUUCGCCGAAAUUUCUAAAGACGGAGCCUUAAUUCUUUACGGGUUCCCGGAAAACAUUGCCAAAAACAGCAAGAAGUCGCCGGAAAAAGUGUUCCGUUUCCUCGACAUAUGCACAGCCAUCUCCAAUCACUGGCCGGAGAUGGAGUCCACCUUCUCCUACGAAUCCAGUACACCCGUUCGAUCUCAGGCCAUCACGUCUUUGGCCAGAAUUGGAGAAUACAUUCGGACUGCAAUCACGGACUUGGAAUCGACGAUUCAGAAGGAAAAUUCAAAAUCAACCGUCGCCGGCGGCGGAAUCCACUCACUCACAAUCGAAUGGAUGAAUCACCUCUCCCUCCUUGCCGAUUACAGCAAGGUCAUCGCCGACAUAUUACCGAAUUCUCCGGGGCUCUCGGACUCCGAGGACGGAUCUCCGGCGAUCUCCCGGAAGUUCGAUUACCUCAUCCUGUUGCUGCUGGCCAAAAUCGACAGCAAGGCCAAGAAGUACAAAGACGUUUCCCUUUCGUAUCUCUUCCUAGCCAACAACCACCAGUACGUCGUCGUUAAAGCCCGCGCGUCAAACCUCAAGUACCUCCUCGGUGACGAUUGGGUGGCAAGUCAAGAAGCAAAAGUCAAACAGUUCACAUCCAGCUACCAACGGGUGGGAUGGGGCCACGUCAUGGAAUCCCUACCGAAGGAUCCGUCCGGGUCUUACUCACCGGAGGAAGCGAAAGAAACAUUCAAGGGAUUCAAAGCGGCAUUCGAUCAGGCCUACCGGAAGCAGUCCGCGGCCGUGAUACCGGAUUCGGAGCUCCGGGACGGCGUGAAACUCAGCUUAGAGAGGAAGAUAUUGCGGGUUUACCGUGAAUUUUACGAGAAAUAUGAUGAGGAGAUGGAUUCUGUGAUAAGAUUUAGGCCAGAAGAUGUGGGGCAUUGUCUUUCGAAUUUGUUUUUCGGGGCUGCUGCUUCCGGGAAUUCUUGGACUUCUUCGUCUUCACAUUAAUUCUAUCACCGUUUAAUUCUCAUGGGCGGUCGUUUUUUUUGGCUCAAUUCGAUGGAGAGUUUCUUCUCCCCAGGUUUUUUUUUUUUUUUUCUAAUCUGGGAAGUAAAAUCCAAUACUCCGUGUUAUUGUUACCGAGAUUCGUUAGAGAUGAAUGUAUUGCCAAAUCCACCGGCUUAAAUUCAAACUAGUCUGUCGGGGCUAGUGAUUUAUGCAGUCAUACACCAAACAGAGAUGCCAUGUUGUACAUAUAUAUAUAUAUAUAUAUAUAUAUAUAUAUAUACACAUUAUUAUUAAGUUUUCAUUUACGGUUCUAUAAUGUUAUCAUCUUGAU